AUGCAGCGAAUUAACGCGUUCGAUGAGGCGCGAGCGGACCCGUCUUACAGGGACCUGUGCUCGCUCGAGACUCUCAGAUCCGGAAAGAAGGGAUUCUUCCGAGAUUUCAGCGAAAACGUGACGCGAGUCGCCGGAGAACAGUGGAUCUGCCAGGUUUUCGGACGGCUGACCAGCGACGAGCAAAGGAUUCGAGCCAUCUUCACCGAUGCCAAGGUGAGGGACACGGUGUUGGAAACGUUAAACCGAACGGAGAUUCUGUACCGCGGCAAAGACGCCAACGUGUCCAGAGCGAGGAGGCUGGAGGGAUUCGAGGCCGCGGCCGCGGCCGAACGACGGAAAGCUCUGAUGCUCUUCGGCCAAGCCGUUCUUCGCGCUCCCCUUCCAGGAAAAUGCCGCACGGUCGAUCGAGGUCUCGGACUGCCGCUCGCGUUCCUAGCCAGGGCCGAAACGUUUCUUGCCUGCAACGAGCACGAGCUCGCUCUUCGUGAUUUAAGUUUCGUCGAGGAAAUGGACGGCGAUCUGCCCAACGAGUUACGGGCGACGUUUGCUCGGACGAAGAAGGCGUGCGAGACGUUCGUACGAGCGAACGGAAAGAAGCUGUUGCCCGCGAGAACACCGUCGCGAGAUGAAGCUGCGGCCCGAUCGGUCAGCGACGAGAAUCCGCGGCUGCCGGGCGCCUCCAGCCUGCUCGACAUCGAGGAGACGGAGAACGCGGGCAAACGAGCGAUCGCCGCCAAACCGAUCGAACCGGGGGACAGGUUGGUCGUGGAGGCGCCGUUCGCGGCUACUCUGCUGCCGGAAUUCUUCGGUACGCAUUGUCAACAUUGUUUCUCGAGAUUCGUGGCACCGAUAGGAUGUCCGGACUGCAGCAGCGUCGCCUUCUGCGGCAGAAAGUGCAGAGACGCCGCGAUGGCCAGCUAUCAUAAAUACGAGUGCAAAGUUCUCGCGCUACUGAUAGGUUCGGGUAUGAGCGUUUUGAGCAUGCUCGCUCUGCGAAUGACCACACAGAGCGGACUGACCGGCUGCAUCGAGAUUUGCCGCGCGUUAAGUUCCAACGAGAAGGAACAGGUCGCACGACCGUGCACGCAAGCACAGGCGAAACUUAGCAAGUCGGCGAAACGUCGUUCGAGAAGGAAGAAACUGCGCGAUUCGAGACGCGAGCAACCCGCGGAGCGAGUCCCUCGUGGAACAGAGCGAGAGGAACUCGUCGAAGGAGACGCGAUCGAUCUGCGGGUGUACGAUCUCGUUACGCACGAGAAACACAGAACGGCUAAGGAUUUUUUCGAGAGAUCGCUGAUGGCAGCGUUCCUUCUCAAGUGUUUGCAGAGAGUCGGCUUUUUCGAGACAGUGACGAGGGACGGAGAGACGCCCAACGAUCGAGAAAUCGCGGUGGCCGGCCUGUUGCUGAAACAUCUUCAGCUGCUGCAGUUCAACGCUCACGAGGUGUUUGAGACGCGACUCGGAAAUGAACAUCGGUUCCGCGGUAGCAGGCCCCUUUAUAUCGGGGUGGCCAUCUAUCCGACCGUUGCACGCUUCAAUCACGACUGUUAUCCCGCGGUAACCAGAUACUUUGUCGGUCGAUCUAUCGUGAUUCGGGCGAUUCGCAGUCUCCGACCCGGAGACGUGGUGGCUGAAAACUACGGGCCGAUUUUCACGAAACGAAGCCUGGAGGAUCGACGGAGAACUCUCGCCGCGAGAUACUGGUUUCGUUGCGAGUGUACCGCUUGCCGCGAAGAUUGGCCACGCUUCGACACUUUGUCCAACGACACGGUCAGACUGAGGUGUGAACAUGGUUCUUCAACGUAUAGUACCGCGUAUUCGCGCCUGCAUUCGCAAAGCGAGGCAGAAAGUGAGAGCGAGAGAACGAGCGAGAGAGAAUUGGUUUUCGAUCGCAGGUGUCCGACCGAGGGAUGCUCCAAGUUACACCCGCGUCCCCGAGAUCCCAGCAGAUCCAUCGAAUGUUCGUCCUGUCGACGAAGAAUCAACCUGCGAGAAUCGCUGGACCGGGUGCGCGAGUGCGAGCACCUGUACGCCGAGGGAUUCGCCGCGAUGGAAGAGGAACAACCCGAGAGAGCGUUGAAGGCGUUCUUCGAGGCAGCGAGCAAAUUUCACAGAGUGGCUGUACCCCCUCACAAGGAUACGCACCUGGCCGAGAUCGCAGCCAGUGCCUGUAUGGCGGACGAAGGCAACGUCUAUCGGCCCGAUUCCUUCCCGAUUGAUUUCCGUGAAUGAAUCACCGGAGACAACCGAUUCCGAAAGCAACAGGAAAUCGAACGACCGUCGUACACUCGUUCCAGGCAGCUUUCUCUCAUCUCGAAGGUCGUUCGAAUAAAAAUGUUGAAACGUUAAGGAGCGCAGCUUCUUUCGCUGAAAUCGCACGCGAAAGGAUCGGGGAAAAGGGAGAAGAAAGUGAGCUCGAUGCAAACGUAAGAAAUUUCACCUUCGGUUCGUGAGUUUUGCGAUUUUUUUGGCAUUUAUUUUUUAUAAUGCACAUGUUUCGUGAAAAAAUUAAAUUCCGUAUAUGAAAGUAGCUUUUCAAAGUUUCGCAUUUCGGUACAAAAUUCACUGGGGGUUCGAGGAAAUGAGAAUAUGAAAGAUGCGGAUCGGAAACCGGAUAAGGAAAGGGAAAGGGAAAGGGUAAGGAUAGGUGUAAGGAUAAGGACAAGGGUAAAGGUGAAAGCGAAGACAGGGAUAAUGGGGAAGGUAAAGAUGAAGGUAAGGGGCAAGGACGAGGAGAGCAGGAUGGAUCGCCGGGGUGGUUUCGAUCGAGCGGCGACACGUGGGACGCGCGCGGCAAACGCGGCGCAUCCGUGUCGCGACCGGCAAAAGAUUUACGUCUCCUCCUUUACGUGUAAUUAGAUGACUACCCUUUCUUCUUCCAGACACGGGAGCGUUCUCUCGAUUCUCCCCUUUCUUUCGCUCCUUUCUUUUUUCAUCGUCCGUUCCGUCCCGCGCGAUCCGGGACGACUCUCUCAUCAUUGAGAUCGCUCCUCGCGAAAAGCUGAAUUAAAACUAAUUGACUGUCGCAGCGAGUGGUACGCGAAUCGCGACGCGCCAUCUUCUCGUUCUCGUUCCCGUUCCUCGUCGAGAAACGAGCGCGAUUUCAAAGACACGCGCCGCGCUAGGGGGAACGAUACGAGAGUAUCGAGAGCGCCGAGUACGAUCCCUACUCGACGCAUUUCCACAGGCCUUCGAAACGCGAACGCGCCGACGUUACAAUUCGUUCGAGGGAUCACCGUUCGCGACCGUGCGCGCUCCGUGCUCGCCGUUCACUUCGAACGUGGUUCGAGUUCGACGUUACGUUGCCUGCUAGCAUACUGGUCCGCGCACGACUCCUCUUUUUUUUUUCUCUUUGCUUCUAUUUCUUUUUUAAUUCCGAUAUUCACUUCCAACACAUGCAUCGUUCUUUUUUCCGCAUACAAUUACAACGCUCUGCGUCUAGGAGUCGUUUACCUUAUUUUCUUU